UGUGGUCGUUUGCCGUUUUUAGUUCAUUUCUCUCCUUUUACUUGGUCAAGGCGGACGUCUUCUUUGUUAGAUAAGCAAUUUCUCGGCGAUUUCUUCAUCGUUGACUUUCUACAGUUGAACAGUUAUACCUGUCAAGCAGCCAUUGAAGAGCUAUUCCUUCAAUUUCUCUAUCUAUACCCACCUCAAUCCCACUCUGCUUUCUCAUAACUUUGUAAUCUUCAUCUGUUUUGCUACCAAAUCAAGAUCUGAAUCAGAAACUUUGACAAUAGCAACACAAGAAUCAUGAACGAUCUGUUUUCCGGAUCCUUCUCUCGUUUCCGCAGCGAGGAAGGAUCGCCGCCGUCUCGUUUUCAGAACAACGUCGAGAUGACAGGUAACUCGCCGUCGACCGGAGGCGCCAACCUCGAUAAGUUUUUCGAAGACGUUGAAGCGAUUAAGGACGAGCUCCGAGCACUUGAAACGCUCCAUAACCAGCUCCAAUCGUCACACGAGCAUAGCAAAACUCUACACAACGCCAAAUCAGUGAAGGAGUUGAGAUCUAAGAUGGAUAACGACGUCUCCGUGUCUCUGAAAAAGGCCAAGUUCAUCAAAGUACGUUUAGAAGCCCUAGAUCGAUCCAACGCCGCGAAUCGGAGUCUCCCUGGAUGUGGACCUGGAAGCUCUUCAGAUCGUACUCGGACCUCCGUUGUCAACGGCCUCCGUAAAAAACUAUCCGAUUCGAUGAAUCUCUUCAACGAUCUCCGUACUAAAAUGGCGUCGGAGUAUCGCGAAACCGUCCAGCGACGGUAUUACACCGUCACCGGCGAAAACCCCGACGAAUCGACUGUAGACAACUUGAUUUCCACCGGACAAAGCGAGACGUUUUUGCAGAAGGCGAUUCAGGAGCAAGGGAGAGGGCAAGUGAUGGACACGAUCUUGGAGAUCAAGGAACGACACGACGCCGUUAAGGAGAUCGAGAGGAAUUUGAAGGAAUUGCAUCAGGUGUUUAUGGACAUGGCGGUGUUGGUGGAGAGUCAGGGAGAGCAGUUGGAUGAUAUUGAGAAUCAGGUGAACCGUGCUAGUUCGUUCGUCAACCGUGGCACCACCCAUCUACAGGUGGCGCGUAAGCAUCAGAAGAACACCAGAAAAUGGGCUUGUUUUGGGAUUGUUUUGGUGUUGAUUGUGAUUCUUAUCAUCAUACUAUCAAUCAGGCCUUGGGAGAGCAAUGGUAGCGGCGGCGGAGGUGGAGGCGGAGGUAAUCCCACACCUAGCUCAGCACCACCGCCACCACCGCCGGCGGCCACUUGACGCCACUCCGCUCAACCACUUUAUUUGUUGAUUAUUGUAAGUGGUAAUGGUGUGAUGAUGGCUUGUUUUCUUGGAUUCUUGUAUUUAUUUUACGAUUAUUGUAUUUAUUUAUUUUCAGAUAAAUUUUUGCUCA